AUGAGAUUUCCGGGUAUGAAAAUACCAUGGAAAUCUACGGUCUCCGCUAUCCCCUACGUCCUACCUCUCUUCAUCAUUUCUAUCAGCGUCCUAUCAUGUGUGGCUGUGGCUAAGGCCCAGGACGCUGACAACUCCACACAGGCGGCGGCUACGCCACCCGAGGCAUCAACAUGCAACGGAAUUUACGUGGUAUAUACGUUCACCUCGAGGGAAAAAGAAUACCCGAUGGUAAAAAAUGCAUCGGCACAAGCAUGGGCAUUUAAGUCUCAACUCUACGUGUUGAAUUCAGGAGCCGACGAUUUAAAAUCGUGGAUGGUUCAUGUAGGAUUUCAAUAUAACGAAAUGUUGGUGGCUAUUGAUGGGGCUAAUUCGAUGGAUAUGGAUUUACCGGGUCGGGUAGGUAAGAAUGGAACGGUGUUGUUUGGAUACCCGCAACAAGAUUUAUUGACGGCUAUUGAAACCGCAUCGGAUUAUAAUCAAAUGCAAGCUACGGUUGAUAUUAGAGGAACACAAUUUGGAUUGAUGAAAGGAACUCCAAUGCCUAAGACUAUUAAGCUUGUUAAUGAAGGAUAUAAAUGUCCUGCCCCGGUUCAACAUAGAACAUCAAUGAACAUAUGUUGCAAAAAGGAUCCAAAAUUCAAAUCAAAGCCAAUAAAAUCAAAAUUCUCUCCCCGUAGACACGGCGAUCUCUCAUUAACCUACGACGUAAUUAAGGUUUUCGAAGGUAACUAUGAAGCUCAAGUAACCAUCGAGAAUCUUCACCCCCUCGGUCGUCUCGAUCAUUGGAACUUAACAUGGGAAUGGAUGCGCGGCGAAUUCAUCUCCUCCAUGCGCGGUUCAUACACUCGCGUCAAAGAUUCUUCCGAAUGCAUCUUCGGCCCACAAGGAAUUUAUUAUCACGAUCUAGAUUUCGCUCAAAUCAUGAAUUGUCAACGUAAUCCUGUCAUUUCCGAUCUCCCCAAACAAAUGGCUGACGACGAUAAACUCGGAAAGUUACCGUUCUGUUGUCGUAACGGCACCAUAUUGCCUCCCACUAUGAACGUAACACAAUCCAAGUCGGUUUUUCAGCUCACGGUUUUCAAAAUGCCGCCUGAUAUGAACCGGAAGACGAUCAAUCCUCCUCAGAAAUGGAAAAUAACAGGUGUUUUAAAUCCGGAUUAUAAAUGCAGCCCACCUAUACGGGUUGACCCGACUCAGUUUCCGGAUACCACCACUCAAGCGAUUUCAACCGCGGUCGCGACAUGGCAGGUAACAUGCAACAUUACACGUCCGAAGAAGAAACAAUCGAAGUGUUGUGUUUCAUUCUCGUCUUACUAUUCGGAAUCGGUAAUCCCAUGCAACACGUGUGCAUGCGGUUGCAAUAACCAGCCACGUACAUGCGACGCGAAUGCAAACGCGCUCGAGCUUCCGCCUGACGCUCUUCUUGUUCCUUUCGAUAACAGAACACUAAAAGCGAAGGCAUGGGCGUCGUUAAAACAUCAUAGUUUGCCUAAGAUUCUCCCUUGCCCUGAUAACUGUGGUGUCAGCAUUAACUGGCAUGUUGAUACGGAUUACAGCACUGGAUGGACGGCUCGUAUGACCUUGUUCAAUUGGAGACAAGAUCCGUUUCAGGAUUGGUUUGCUGCUAUUGAAAUGGAUAAGGCUUUUGUUGGUUAUGAGAAUGUUUAUUCAUUCAAUGGUACUAGAUUGUCUAAACCGAAGAAUACUAUUUUCUUUCAAGGACGUGAAGGGUUGACUUAUUUAAUGGGUGAAACUAAUGGGUCCCGACCCGAUAGCCCUAGAGUGCCGGGGAAACAGCAAUCUGUGAUAUCGUUUUUGAAGAAGAAUAAUUAUGGGAUUAAGGUUUCUCAUGGAGAUGGAUUUCCGACUAGGGUUUUCUUUAAUGGGGAAGAAUGUGCUCUUCCUAAGGAGUUUCCUAAGAGAAACGGUUCAUUGAGGAAGUUGACUGGUUUUAACUUUGUUCUUUCUAUGUUGAGUGUUGGGAUUAUGACAAUGUUCUUCGUGCUUUAAAAUUGGUGUGUUUAAAACUAUGUUUCAAUUUAACACCCUUUUGGAGUGUGUAGUUUCAUUAA